GUAAGGCUAAAACAGACAAACAGACAGAGCCCUUUUCAAUUCUCAAAGAUUUAUGCAUCAGCAUCUGAAAAAGACAGAAAAGUUGCUCUUUGUUCUGUGGCUGACCCAAAAUGCUGAGAGAGUCCAGAUCUUCUAUAUUAUAACAUUUUAAAUGGUACAGCUCAGAAUGAAGACCUGAAGAUUUGUUUUUGAAAACAUACUGGGACAAACACAGCUCUACGAAAUAUGGCCUCCUACAGGAACCAAGCAUUGAUCUCAGUCUCAAUAAUUGCUUCAAUGUUUCAAUUCAGCAUGAGCUACAGUUUCAGGAAUUGCAUUGAAAGUCCUGGCUCAAACCAUACAACCUUCAAAUGCACUAAACGCCAAGCUCAAACAGUUACUGCCAUUGUGAGUGAUAUACCACAUUCUGCAACAAACAUUUCAAUCUCUUACUGCAAACUUGUCAAAAUUCCUCCUCAAAGCUUCAGUCACCUGCCAAAGCUUAGUGAUCUGCAACUAAACAACAAUCACAUGAGGAACAUCGACAAUGAUGCCUUUGCUAAUCUACAAUAUCUUCAUACAUUGAACUUGUCCAGCAAUGACAUGGUUCAUCUCAAUUCUUCCAUUUUCCAUGACCUCCAGAACCUCAGAACUUUGAUCCUGGCCGACAAUAGAUUGACAAAUAUAUCUUCUGACUUAUUUUCUAAUUUGUCCAAAUUGGAGAUUCUGGAUCUACGUAUGAACCAGUUAAUGAACUUCUCAGCAGUGGUGCACUCCAUAUCAAAUCUGAAAGGGCUGAAGAAACUGGACAUUUCCUUCAACAGACUUAUCACUUUGCUACACUCAGCCAGCCUGCCACAGUCACUUUCCCAACUUUAUCUCGGUAACAACUUGCUGACCACACUGGAAUGCCAGAAUGACUUUCUAAGCAGUGUCCAAGUGCUGGAUCUCUCUUAUAAUAAAGUUCUGACAGCCCAGGCUUUCUUUGGUCUGAACCUGAGCAAUUUGGAAUACCUGCGUCUGCAUUCCACCAACAUUUCAAUCAUAAUGUUCCUUAAUCAUACUAAUGUGAUGCCUUGGCAUGUAGACUUCUCAGGUUUGGGAUUAAGAGAACCCCAAAUGCUAGUUUCAUUGUGCAAACAACUGUCAUACUAUCCAAAUAAACAUAUUGAAAAAAUGCUCCUUCAGAGCAAUGACCUAAAUGGUCUGAAUGAUAAGACAUUAUCUCACUGUCCCCCGAUCACUAAUGUUUUGGACCUUUCAUACAAUCAGCUGAAGAGCAUAAGCUGUUUGCAAUUCCUUGAAAGACAAAAUCAUCUUGCGAAACUCAGAGUUGAACACAACCACCUUACACAUCUAAUAAGUUGCAAAAAUCACACAAAAUUUCCCCACUUGAAAGAACUGAGCUACCGCUACAAUCGCAUUCUUGAAGUGAAUUCCUUUGCCUUUAGUCAUACACCAAAUCUGACAACUCUUCAACUCAAUAUAAACAUAAUUGCCUACUUGGAUCGAAAAGCACUGAAUGGACUUAAACAGCUUGUUACACUUCGCCUGGACAACAACCUUCUGUCUGAUAUCUAUAAGGAGAGCUUUGAGAACCUUCACAGUCUUCAGACACUUAACCUACGCAAUAACCAAAUUUCUGUCAUAUUCAACAACACCUUCUACUCUCUCAGUAUGCUGAGGAUUUUAGAUCUAGGUGGGAACAAGAUAACACAUUUAAUGCCCCUAGCACUUGAAGGGCUGGACAGCUUGAAUAAUCUUUACUUAGACCGCAAUCAUCUAGCAGAAAUUGAUGGUCACCUGAUUGGAAAACUGCAUCGCACACUGCAAGUGCUAGAUUUACAAGGCAAUUUCAUCCAUUACAUCACAGAAUAUGUAUACUCCCCAUUUAUAACGCUAAGUAAGCUGACUGACUUAAAGUUAGAUGGACAAAUGCCAUAUGGUAUAACCUUAUUACCUCAUGCAUUUUUUCGUGGUCUCACUUCCCUUAAAAGUCUUUACCUCAGCAACAAUCAUAUCUCUUAUUUCAGCACGGACACAUUUGACGACCUAAAAAAUUUAACGUUUUUAACAUUAGAUGAUUCGUGUGUUGGAGUGACCCAACUCAAGCCAGGAAUUUUCAAAAACCUUCACAAGCUGGAGACAUUAACAGUUGAGAACAUGGGCAUCGGUUCAUUCUCAAAAGAGGUGUUUGGUAAUCUCACAGGACUGAAAGUUUUGCAUCUUAACCGCAAUGCCAUGCAGACCUUGGAUGUGGACUUGCUGGAAACUCUAACUAAUCUACAGUAUCUAGAUGUUAGAAAUACUCCUCUCAGUUGUAACUGUCCCAACAGUGAGCUCCAGAAUUGGACAAAAAACAACCAGAGAGUACAGCUUAUAUACCUUUACAACCUGACCUGUCCGGAUGUCAAAGGGUCAAACUUUUACAACUUUGACACUCAUGUAUGUUCGGAUUUUGGAGUGUAUUGGUUUGCCUCCACUUAUAUUGUAACAUUGUUAGUAACAUUACUUCCACUACUUUAUGUCAAGCUCUACUGGAAAUUUAAAUAUGGCUACUACGUCUUCCGCUCUUGGUUUGGCGAGCAGUGGCGUCGUCUUCGGGAAGAAGAAGAGAAUUGCACGUACGACGCUUUCAUUUCUUACAACUCAGCAGAUGAGGAAUGGGUGAUGGAACAGCUUCUCCCAAACCUUGAAGGGAGUGGGUUUCGACUUUGCCUCCACCACCGGGACUUUGAACCAGGCCGCAACAUAAUCGACAACAUUGUGGCAGCGGUUUAUAGCAGCCGCAAGACGGUGUGUGUGAUCAGCCGAAACUUCCUCUGCAGUGAGUGGUGCUCCCUGGAGAUCCAACUGGCCAGCUACCGUCUUUUUGAUGAGAUGCAGGAUGUGCUCUUACUUGUCUUUUUGGAGGACAUCCAUGAGCGACAGCUCUCUGCCUAUCACCGUAUGAGAAAGUUUAUGUUGAAAAAGACUUAUCUACAGUGGCCAGGGCUGGACUGCACAGAUCCCAUCAAGGCACAGGAGCUGUUCUGGACACAGCUUAAGAGAGCUUUAAGGAGCAGCAACAGUAGAAGCCAAGACGAAGAACAAACGUUGGAGAAUGUUCAGAAUGGGCCGCAGAUAGAUGAUGCAAGAGUAGAGGAAAGAGAAUAUUUCAUGAACCAGGGACAAAUGGAUGAUGGGCCAUAUUACCUAACACCCUAACAACAGAUUUAUGCUUCAUAUCUACUCUCUUUCCUACUGACAAAUCAUGAAAGAAAUUAAGCUUAUAAGACUGAAAAUAGAUGGUACCAAUUUUUUUUAUUAAUUACAUUUUCCUUAAGUGAUGAUUAACUUGUGCUGGCAUGAGACUUAUUAACAACGAAUAGAAAGAAAAACAAUAUUUUGUAAGAAAUGAAGAUGUAAAUAAAAUGACAAUUUUAUUACCAA